AUGUAUUCGUUAUUGGGGUGCUACGGCCGAGGGCCCGGGCCCGGCAAAUCGAAAGGAAAUCUUUUCGGAAAAGAAGGGGACUAUGUCGUCCUAGCUACGGUGCCUGAUGACCAGUUGACGAUACGAGCUUGCCUUGAAGGUUGUGAUGAGUUGGACCCGCCCAAGAAGACUUCUGAUCAUUAUGGACUCGUUGGACUAAGUAAUGGAAGAGAGUGCCUCUGCGGGUUGAAACUUGUGGCAGAGGCUCGUAAGCUUACUCUUGGGGAUUGCAACAUGCCUUGUACUGGUGAUUCAGGGCUAUCAUGUGGAGGAGCGGAUACGGUCGCCGUAUAUACUCUCAUCGUUGCCAGCGAGAGCGACAAGGUUACAAGUCAUGACAAAACCCAGGAUAGCAGUAAGUGCGACGAGAAAGGAGACGAGAGCGGGUCCGCCACUCUUACAGGAACUUCACUAUCUUAUACUCUCAAUACGAGUGCGGCUCUCAAAGUUACAGAUGGCUUAGGGCCUACAGAAACCGGAACCCUAGGAGAUUCACAGGAGACAUCAGGAAAGGCAAUUCUACCCUCGUCAUCGCUUCUUCCAUCACCAACGCCAUCCGAUUCUCCUGAUGCGCCGACCACUGGUCCUGCCAUCGCCGCGAUCACAGGUAGUGUCUCGGGCGCCAUCAUCCUAGCAGCGUUCAUAGUUCUAUGUGUCCGAGCCUAUAAGCGGAAAAAGUUCCAGGAGGCCGCAGAUACAGAGGUUGUAGUUACACCCGGGACGCAGCACGAGGACAAUAACAAUCAACUGCCACGUCGACCAGUCCCAAGCGCGAUCGAUACUACAGGACAUCAACUUCGUGAUCUGAACAAAGGAACCGGCCCUAUCGCCGGAGGCGGCUAUGAACGUGGACAUGGUAAAAGAGAUGAGGAUUUAAGUACUGGCGCAUCAACAGACGGCACAUACUUGGUACCCUCCACACCCGCUCUCGAGUCUGGUACCCGCCUCCGUCAUCCUGACCACGCCGCACGUCUCACGACAGCUUCAUUGCCAACCUCUGGAAGUGACACUUUAUACAACAAACUGAUGGACGAAGUCCGCGCCGGCCCUGCUGGAUCAGCGGUGACUCCCUCGCCAUCCAGCCCGCCUCCGUCUGCAACAAGUUCGUCAGUCCAGUGGCGAGGAAAUCCCCCGAAACCCCUAACGCCAUCGGCAGCAUCCGCCGGCCAGUUCGAUUUCGAUUUCAACGCCAAGCCCAGCGUAUCGAGCCCAGCACCGGCUGCCCGUCCCGAAGCCACCCUUGGUGAUCGUGCUUGGCACAGACGCAAGGUAUCUACGACGUUCCAGCCACCGGCCAGCGGACCCCCUUCUAUGCCGCUACCCCCUACGCCGCCUCGACGACAGCAGCAGCGAGGUUUUAAUCCAGUACACUUCACUCCUACACCCGCGUCGAGAGUAAAGUCUAGUCACGGCCAGCAUGAUGAUGGCAAGAAGAAAGAAGGUAUUCGCGUCGCCGCAUUGCCUAUGGUAUUACCCCUUGGGCUUGUGGGGUCAGCAUGCCAAGAUUCGGGAGCGGUAGAAACCCCAGAGCCACCGCUGAAGGACUCCCCUACGAUACCGCGAGCACAGAGGGAUUCUCGGGAUUCUCGACAAGAAGGCUUGGUAGGAAUUGGACAGGAAACGAGUGGAGAAGGAAUAGGAGAAGUAGGAAUGCAGCUGUUGCCGCCUAGCACACCCGCGGGACAAUCUGGCUCUCGAUCGAACAGGGACACCAUCUACACGGUGGGAGAAGAAGACUGGCCUAUUAACGGCGGUAAUGAGGCACAAGGUCCGGAAAUUUCUCCUGUAUCGACGGAUACGGUUGGAACGAGUAUUCUGUUCCCAUCGGAUGAUGAGCACGAGGCGUAG